GAAAUUGGUUGUUUAUUGGACAGAAAAGGAUUUCCUUUUAAGAGGGUUGGCGAUUGCAUUGAAUUUGGGUUUUGGAGCAGGCGUGAAGCAAAACAAAGGAGAUGAUGAUGCGAUACAAAGAGGAAAAAGAAGCGAAGAAGGAAGCUUUUAGAAAAUAUCUGGAAACAAGUGGCGCAGUGGAUGCUCUCACCAAAGUUCUCGUUGCUUUGUACGAGCAAAACGACAAGCCUUCUUCUGCCCUCGACUUCAUUCAACAGAAACUCAGCUGUCCUUCCAUCGCAGAAUAUGAUAAAUUCCAGGCUGAAUUCUCAGAUCUGCAAAUCAGAUACAAUGACCUUUUAGCAGCACAUCACAAAACCUGCAAAGAGUUAGAAGAAAUGAAAAACUCGCAAGCCUUGGUAACGGCAUCUACCAAGGAAACAACUGAUAAUGAAUCUCCUAAAGAUGGGCUCUGAAGCUUCUGUAUCGAAACUUGCAAUUCUUGGAGGUCCUUAAAGGUGUAUUGAACCUGAUUUGCAAUUUUUCUAAUUUUUUCUUCUUUCUUUUUUUUUUUUUUGGUGGGGGUGGCUAUUGCUUGUGAAUAAUAUUCUUGAGAAUAUGGUUUCAAAACGAAUUCAAUGGCGUGUCAUAUGAUCCAUAUAUCCGACCACACCCAAUGAGAUAAGAUUAUUAUUGUUGUUUUUGGGGGGGUGACUAUUGGUUGAUCUUGGUUAUGUUUUAUUUUGUUCUUGCUCCCUGUCUUUGGUGGGUUCUGUUGUAUCUUGUAAUCACCUUUUCCUUUUUCUUAAGCUGUGAUCUAUAUCGAUAAGAUGAUGUUUAUUUCUUAUCAAGUUAUUCUAUAUUGGUGGGUCCGGUCUUCAACGUGAGGAGUUUGUUGGAAAACAUGAGAGGGAAUGACUUUGUUUGGUCCUUGUAUGAAACAAAAAUUACUAAUUUUGUAUAUUCAUUAUUCCAUUGGAAAAGUUUUAUUUUUUUAGUAAAUAUUAUUUAA